UUUUUUGCUUUUGCCAGCUAUCUAUGACGUCAUUUCAGGAAGAUCGGCCAUUUUGGGCGAAUAGUUAGUGUUUUCAGUGUGACGACUGGAGAGGUUGGACAGGAAGUUUUCGUUCUCUUACAGAAUAUCGGGCAAAUAUCCAUGGCAGGAUCCACGUUACAGAAAGCUAUAGACCUGGUAUCCAAGGCAACAGAGGAAGACAAAGCCAAAAACUAUGAAGAGGCCUUGAGGUUGUACGAACAUGGAGUGGAAUAUUUUCUACAUGCCAUCAAAUAUGAAGCGCAGAGUGAGAAGUCCAAGGAAAGCAUCCGUUCCAAGUGUGUGCAGUAUCUGGACAGAGCAGAGCAGAUCAAAAAGCACCUGAAGAAUAAAGAUGGCAAAGGUGGCAAGCCCAAGCCAAUGAAAGAAGGAGGCAGUUCAAAGAAAGACAAUGGUAGUGACUCUGAUGAGGAGGAUCCUGACAAGAAGAAGCUGAUGGGACAACUAGAAAGUGCCAUUGUGAUGGAGACACCCAAUGUGAAAUGGAAUGAUGUAGCUGGUCUGGAGGCAGCCAAGGAAGCCCUGAAGGAGGCAGUCAUUCUGCCCAUCAAGUUCCCUCACCUCUUCACAGGAAAUAGGAAACCAUGGAGAGGAAUAUUACUUUUUGGGCCUCCAGGAACAGGGAAGUCUUACCUGGCCAAAGCCGUGGCCACGGAGGCCAACAACUCCACCUUCUUCUCUGUGUCAUCAUCAGACUUGCUGUCCAAGUGGUUGGGAGAGAGUGAGAAGUUGGUGAAGAACCUGUUUGACAUGGCUCGGCAGCACAAGCCGUCAAUCAUCUUUGUGGACGAGGUGGACUCUCUGUGCAGCGCCCGAGGGGAAAACGAGAGCGAGUCUGCUCGCCGCGUGAAGACAGAGUUCCUCGUGCAGAUGCAAGGUGUGGGGAAUGACAAUGAUGGCAUACUAGUCCUGGGGGCCACCAACAUUCCGUGGACCCUGGAUGCUGCUAUCAGGAGACGGUUUGAGAAGCGCAUCUACAUCCCCCUGCCAGAGGACCAUGCUCGUACCACCAUGUUUAAACUGCACAUUGGGAACACACCCCACAACAUGUCCGAGACAGACUUCAGGGACUUAGGCAAGCGCAGUGAUGGGUACUCUGGUGCUGACAUCGCCAUCGUGGUGCGGGACGCCCUCAUGAUGCCUGUCAGGAAAGUGCAGUCUGCCACACACUUCAGAAAGGUCAGGGAUGACCCACAGCUCAUAGUGGAUGACCUACUGACGCCCUGCUCCCCGGGCAGCCCAGGAGCUAUAGAGAUGGCCUGGACAGAAGUACCCUCCGACAAGCUGGCCGAACCUGUCGUUACUCUGAGUGACAUGAUGCAGGCCCUGAGCAGGACUCGGCCCACCGUUAAUGAGAACGACCUGACAAAGCUGAAGAAGUUCACAGAGCACUUUGGCCAGAAAGGGUGA